UUGUGUGUCAAUAAGAUCACACUACUAAUACUUUCUAAAUAACAUGACAUCUACUAGCUUCAGUAAUUUAAGUGUAAGGCUGCUCCAUGCUGAUGGAACAAAUAGCAGUUUAGAAACUGAUUUGUUUCUUGAAAUAAAAGGCGAACAACAACUAUUUGUUUUGAAACUUUCUAAAAUUGGUGAUAGCCAUAAUGUUCUUCAUCAAACAGUUUUAAAUAAGUCCAGUAAAGGAUUUCAGUUUGGGGAAAAAUCUUUUGUGUUAAAACUUGAUGAGCAGCCAAUAACAUUAUCGUUUGAAUCAAAAGCAGAAAUGGAGCGUUUCAGCAGUGUUUUUAAUCAAAUAACACAUGGUAAGCAAAAUAAGUUGUCGAUAUUUGAUGAAAGAACAGAAGAAUCUUCUGCUGUUCAAUACUUUCAAUUUUAUGGCUAUCUCUCUCAACAGCAAAAUAUGAUGCAGGAUUAUAUACGAACGUCUACAUAUCAAAGUGCUAUAUUGCAAAAUGCAAAUGAAUUUAAAGGAAAGGUAGUUUUGGAUGUUGGUGCAGGAACAGGCAUUCUUUCUUAUUUUGCUGCUCAAGCUGGUGCAAGAAAAGUUUAUGCUGUUGAGGCAAGUAACAUGGGCCAGUUUGCAAAGGAACUUGCAAAGAAUAAUAAUAUUAAUGAUAUAGUUCAAGUGGUAAUCGGAAAGAUUGAAGAGGUUGUUUUACCAGAAAAUGUUGAUAUCAUCAUAUCAGAACCAAUGGGAUAUAUGCUAUUUAAUGAAAGAAUGUUGGAAACUUAUUUACAUGCAAAAAAAUGGCUAAAACCAGGAGGUAAUAUGUACCCAACUAAAGGUGAUUUGUAUGUUGCUCCAUUUACCGAUGAUGCUCUUUUUAUGGAACAUUUCGGAAAAUCCAAUUUUUGGUGUCAAACAGCAUUUUAUAGUGUGGAUCUAACAAGCCUGCACCAAGCUGCUUUGCAAGAAUAUUUUCGACAGCCAAUUGUUGAUACAUUUGAUGUUAGAAUUCUAAUGGCGAAACCUGUUGUUCAUUCUACUAACUUUCUGACUACAAGAGAGGAACAAUUGCACAAAAUUCAUAUACCUUUACAUUACACAAUGCUCAUGACUGGCACUUUACACGGUCUUGCUUUUUGGUUUGAUGUUGCUUUUCUUGGUCAGACAAGCCAUGUAUAUUUAUCUACAGCCCCUCAUGAGCCUCUCACUCACUGGUACCAGGUUCGUUGUUUAUUUCCUAAUCCAUUGUUUGUAAGGGCAGGUCAAAAAGUUACAGGAAAUGUAAUCUUACAUGCAAACCAAAAACAAAGCUAUGAUGUUGAAAUGGAAGUAACUUUAGAUGGAACAGGAGUGAGAUCUACUAAUGUUCUUGAUUUAAAGAACCCUUUCUUCCGUUACACUGGUGUUCAAACUGCUCCUCCGCCAGGUGCAAAUUCACAGUCACCUACAGAAACCUAUUGGAAUAAUGCUGGAGUAGUUUUGAAUGGGGGAAUUAUGAAUACAUCAACUGCAUAUGUUGGACAACCAUCACAUGGAUCAGGUACCGGAGGAGCAGCAUACACAACUCAAGCUAUGGGUAAUGUGAUGGCUACCGGUGGAAAUUAUGGAGCGGGGCAAACUGUUCAUAUAGGAAGCGAUAGAUAUGCUAUAUCAAAUCAAGUACAUCAGUAUGAUCAUACUUCGCGGUAUGGAUAUCUUUCAGGAUUAUCUGGAUAAACACUGAUUUUAAAAAAAUUUUCUGGCAACCAAGUAAAACUAAGCAAAAAAAAAAAAUAAUGUUUUUAAAUAUAUUUUUUUUAUCUGGUGGAAAAAUUGCUUUUGUGAUACGUUUAAAUUUUGCUUUGAACAGCUUAAAUGAAACCUGUCAAAUAGAUUCUUAAUUUUUUUAUUACUUGCAAAAUUUUGCAGUUUUAAAACAUUUUAUAUUCUUUAUUUGAUAUUUUUGUUGUCAUGUUUGAUAGCAUUACUUGAGAUUUUUUUUGCCACAUCCGAUAGUAUUAUAUUUUUUUUUUUGUUUUUUGUUUUUUUCUUUGCUUGUUUGUUUUUGGUUAUGUUCGGUAGUAUUACACAUUCGAAAAACUUUA